CCGCCCCCCGCAGCGCCGCCCAGCAUGGUCAUGGCCGAUGUCCCGAGGCUCCCGCAGCGCGGGCCGGUCCGGGUGGGCUUCUACGACAUCGAGGGCACGCUGGGCAAGGGCAACUUCGCCGUCGUCAAGCUGGGCCGGCACCGCAUCACGAAGAGCGAGGUGGCCAUAAAGAUCAUAGACAAAUCUCAGCUAGAUGUGGUGAACCUGGAGAAAAUCUACCGCGAGGUCCAGAUCAUGAAGAUGCUAGACCACCCUCACAUUAUCAAGCUCUAUCAGGUGAUGGAGACAAAAAGCAUGUUGUACCUCGUGACCGAAUAUGCCAAAAAUGGAGAGAUUUUUGACUACCUGGCCAACCACGGCCGGCUGAACGAGCCCGAGGCCAGGCGCAAGUUCUGGCAGAUCCUGUCCGCGGUCGAUUACUGUCACAGCCAGAAGAUCGUGCAUCGGGACCUUAAGGCCGAAAACCUCCUGCUCGAUAACAACAUGAACAUCAAAAUAGCAGAUUUCGGGUUUGGCAAUUUCUUCAAGAGCGGCGAGCCGCUGGCCACGUGGUGCGGCAGCCCGCCCUACGCCGCCCCGGAGGUGUUCGAAGGGCAGCAGUACGAAGGACCCCAACUGGAUAUCUGGAGCAUGGGCGUGGUGCUCUACGUGCUGGUCUGUGGCGCUCUGCCUUUCGACGGCCCCACCCUCCCCAUCCUGAGGCAGCGGGUCCUGGAGGGCCGCUUCCGCAUCCCGUACUUCAUGUCGGAAGAGUGUGAGCACCUGAUCCGGAGGAUGCUGGUCCUCGACCCCUCCCGGCGACUGACCAUCGCGCAGAUCAGGCAGCACAAGUGGAUGCUGGCGGAAGUGCCCGUCCAGCGGCCGACCCUGUACGCCCAGAGCCGUGGGAACGGCCCCACCCUAGGGGAAUAUAACGAGCAGGUUCUGCGGCUCAUGCACGGCCUGGGUAUAGACCAGCAGAAGACCAUCGAGUCUCUGCAGGACAAGAGCUAUAACCACUUCGCCGCUAUCUACUACCUGCUGGUGGACAGGCUGAAAUCCCACCGGAGCAGCUUCCCCGUGGAGCCGAGCCUCAGCUCCCGCCAGCGCCGGCCCAGCACCGUCGCCGAGCAGACGGUCGCCAAGGCCUUGCCGGCGGGGCCCCCGGCGCCUCUGAGCUCCCAGGCCCUGAGGUUAGGGCCGGCCCCGGACCUCCCCCAGCCUCCUCCUCCACCGCCGCCGCCUUCUUCUCCCAGGGACAGCUUCGCCUUCCCCGGGGCCGCCUGCCAGGCGGAGGCGGCGUUCAUCGAGGAGCACGUCGACACCCCAAAGGUGAACGGCUGCUUGCGGGACCCGGCCCCCCCCGUGGCGGGGAGGAUGGGGUGUCCGCCGCAGCCCGGCCCGGUGAUGGCGGCGUCCAUCGACGAGGGGAUCGAGGCUGGAGGGGAAGCGGAAGAGGAUCCUACGGGGGCUUUCGCCGCCUUCCAGGCGACGCGCGGCGGCCAGAGGCGCCACACGCUGGCCGAAGUGACCAACCAGCUGGGGCUGGGGCCAGCCGCAGGGAACGUAUACUCGGCCGGCGACGAGCCGACCCCGGGCAGCGUGGACACCGAGUGCGGCUUGGCGAGCGGCCAGCCCGGCUUGACCUUCCUGGAGGACUCCCUCUCCCUGAAGGACCUGGUGUUGGCCAACCAGCCGGGCCCCCGUCCGACGCCUCCGUACGUCGGCCUGACGCCCGCCAACCCGGCCAUGCAGGCCUUGAGCUCGCAGAAGAGAGAGGCCCACAACAGGUCGCCGGUCAGCUUCCGGGAGGGCCGCCGGGCGUCGGACACCUCCCUCACCCAAGGGAUCGUGGCCUUCAGGCAGCACCUGCAGCAUCUGGCCCGCACCAAGGGAAUCCUGGAACUGAACAAGGUGCAGCUGCUCUACGGGCAGCUGGGACCCGAGACGGAGCCCGGCCCGGAGCCGGCCGCGCCCCCGCUCCCGGACCUCGCCGGCAGCCCCGCCCAGGAGGAGAGCGCCCAGCUGCAGGAGGCGGGGGCGGCGGCGGCCCCGGCCUUCCCCGGCACCCCCACGCAUCCUCGGUUGCUGCCCCGGCGCCCAGGUGUGGAGACCCCAUUCCUGCAGCACCGGCUCCAGAAACCCAGCCUGCUGGGCCCACCCACCACCGGCCGGCCCAUGUUCGGCAAGGAGUCUCCCCGCAGCCUGGAGCAGCAGCUCCAGGAGCACAGGCUGCAUCAAAAGCGGUUGUUCCUGCAGAAGCAGUCGCAGCUGCAGGCCUACUUCAACCAGAUGCAGAUCGCAGAGAGCGCCUUCCCGCUGGCCGGCCAGCCGCACGGCCUGCCCUGCCAGGACCCCCCGGUACCGCCCCCGCCCCCGACCCUGCCCCCGGCCCAGCCCCCGGCCCGGCCCGGGCUGUCGUUUGGCCUGGGCCCCGCCCUGGAGCCUUCCCCAACCCCCAUGCAGUACGAGCCUUUCCUUGGCCAGUACCGCUCCCUGCAGCUGCAGCCCCCGGCCCCCGGGCCCAGCCCCGGCCCCCCGCCCCCUCCGCCUGCUGCCCCGAUGCAGUCGCAGCCCCCGGCGGCCCCGCCCCCCGCCCAGUUCUCCCUGCAGACUGGCGAGCUGCUGCCCUACCCGGCCCCCUGCCCCUACGCCCUGGACUCUGCCCCCGCCGGCCCCCCAGAGGCCAGCCCCGCGCCCCACGAAGCGGCCCCCGGCUACGAGGCCCUGACGCUGGCCGAGCUGCCCGCGCUGUUGGACUGUGAGAUGCUGGAGGCCGUGGACCCGCAGCACGGCGGCUGCGUCUUGGUGAACUGAGCCGGCGGGCCGGGGCCGGGGCGGGACCGGUGGGGCGGCCCACGGCAACUGCAGAGAGCUGAACUCGGAAGAGCGUUGCGUUCCCAGACUCUCUGGGGCUCCGCCUGGCUGUGCUGCCCGCCGAGCCGCCUUAGGAGCGGAGUGGGCCGGACCCCGGGGGCACCGCCUGACUCGUGGACGGCACGUCACCAUCCGGCCCGGGGCCGCUGCUCCCGUCCAAACCGGGUCCGGCCCGGCCGGCCCCUGGGCCCCCGGCCCCGUGCCGGCCCAGGGCUGCCGUGGGCGCCCGCCGCCCUGGGGCCGCCCACCCCUCGGAGCGCGCCUGCCGGCACGGACGUUCAGGAUCCCCGCCCCGGCGGCGGCCCCCAAACCCACGGGGCUGGACGCGUGGGGCGGAGACGGAGACCGCGGGCCUCCGCCGUCAUCCCGGCCUCGGUGCCACGGUCUGAGCCGUCGUGGGCCGGGCCGACGGGCCGGCGGCGUGGGAGAAGCGUGAGAACCGACGCCGUCCCUUUCUUCCGUCCGUCCCCAGGCCGAGCGGGGCCGGCCUGGGGGCCGGGGGCCGGGCCUCCGAACCUUCGCCGCCACCGGGGCCUCGGCGGCUCGAGGGUUUGCUGUCACCCGUGUGGAAGGUGAGCCGGGGCCCGGCCCCCGUCCUCCACCCCGGCCCCCAGCUCCCCGCGCCUGGGGCCUUGCCAGUAUUACAGCAAUAGUCUCUGCCCGGCCCCGGCAGACCCAGUGUUAGAACACAGUCCCCGCCCCCUCCCCCCGCCAAGAGGUAGCGCCGGCGUCUUCCUGCUCCGCCCGGAGGGCCCGGCCGUGGCCGGCGCCGUAGCGGUGGCCCCGGGCGGGGGGAGAUCCCUCCUGAGGGCAGCACAGCCCAGUGUGCCAAGCACAAUGCAGCUCCGUUAAAGCACAAGGCACCACCCCCUCAUCCCCUGCCCCCACCCCCCUCCCUGGGCGAAGGAGAAGGGCGGCUCCGGACUCCGGCAGUGACUUCCACCGGCCAGUGGGCCACGGGGGAGGAGGCCUGCCCCGCUCCGGUUUCCCUCCCUCUCGCCCCCGACGGUCCCCCGUGACCCCCCGGGCCACCCCGGCACCGGCGGAGCCGGGAACGCUAAGGGGCCGGCCCCUCCCGGCCGCCGAGGAGGGAGAGGGGAGGGAGAAGAUCGGGCCCGAAGGCGGCGGGUCGCCCCGGCCCGAGACCUCACGAGAGGCCCACCCCGACGCCCCUGCCGGCCGCCUCGCGGGGCUCCGGGCGGAAGGCCGGGGGUCCGGCGGGCGGCCGUCGGAGCCGUGGGGCUGCCGGCCGGCCUCGGGUCGGGGUCCCCGACUGCCGCGGAUCCCGACCUCCCCCUUGGGGAACUGAAGGCGGGGCCCCGGGCGGGGCGGGCACAACACUACAAGCGGCCAGGACACCUCCGGGCCUGCCGGGACCGGCGGCCGCUCCCGCCACCCUUCCCGGGGGCCGGGAGCGCAACGCCCUCUACACUACUGCGGCCACGGGCUCGGAGGCUCGGCGCCGGACACGUGCCAAGGGACCGGGAGCGGGGAGGAGGAGCAACCCGAGGAGAGAAGUGCAAUACGCGGGUGGGACGGUGGUCGGGGGGGGUCGGGGCCGGGGGGUGCGCGCCGACGGGUUGGGAGGGGUCCGGGGCCGACCCCCGGCUUUGCCGGGGGGUAGGACGGUGGCAGUCACGGGGUGUCGGUUCAAUAAAGUGGAGGUCGUUCCCCUUUUUCAAACGCC